GCUAGACCAUUUUCAGCAUCAUCGCUUCAACAGCCAGCAACAGGUUCGCGUAUUUUAUAUUCGCUGCUGUGCGUAGUUUUGUUUUUAUUUUUCGUACGUCGAGUUGUAUUCUGGUUUAGAAGAAGCAGACCAAUUUUUCCAAAAUCAUAUCGCUACGAUGCUGAACAGAAAGUACGCUAUGGAUUAUACUAGAAAGCUCGCACUACUCCUCGUCCUGCCACUGAUCGCCGGCCAAGUCCUGCCAGAAAAACCAGCCGCCGAAGAAGCCCCAGCCAGCUACAAUUUCGAAUACCACGUCAACAAUCCGGAAACCGGGGACAUAAAAUCGCAAAACGAGAUCCGCGAGGGAGACGUCGUUCACGGUCAAUACGCUCUGGUCGAACCCGACGGCAGUGUGAGAUCGGUCGAGUACACCGCCGAUGACCAAAAUGGCUUCAGAGCUGUUGUGCACAGAUCAGGCGAACCAUCUGGAGCAAACGCUUUGCCCAAAGCACUCUUAUCCUCUCUAUCUUCCGAAUCACCUCAAACAUCUACCGAUGAAAUCCCCUACAUACCGGAAUUGGACUCGAACAAACAACCAGAUUUAUCGCCAGCGCCAGUGCCAGUGACCAGCGUACCUUCUACGACAGCAAAAGCUCCAGAAGUGAAAUCAGUAUCUAUUACUCCUAAAUCAUCUUCGUCUGUUUCCAGCGGCGUAUCGACCACUACCUUGAUUCCUCCAUUGGUCAAUCCUUACUUGUAUCCUUAUUAUAAAUACCCAGCUGCUGCUAAUCCCUUGGCUUUGUACAAUUUGUACAAGAAUCAUCCUCUUUACAAGUACUCUCUUUUGCAUCCGGCUCAUCCGGCUAAUCCUUUGUCGCCUUUACAUCCUGCUCAUCCGGCCAAUGCUCUGUCUCCGUUACAUCCUGCAGCUUUACCAUAUAGUGCUUUACAUCCAGCUUCACCUUACAGUGCGUUACAUCCGGCUCAUCCUUAUAGCGCAUUGCAUCCACUGUACAAUCCUUUGUACCAUGUCUAAGGUUACCUAUAUCUUACCCAAAGCGAUUCCUAAGAUACUCCCCCCUUAUCUCCUUAAAAUCUAAGUCAUAUUUAGCCAUAUUAUUUUCAUCUACUCGUAUCUUCAUUAGGGUAGAUAUUUUAUCAUUAUUUAGAAGCAUUUUUAUGUAAAAUUUCAACCAAAAAAAAAAAUACACGUUGAUGAUUUUGCAAACCA